CAGGGCAAAGUAUGGUGUGCAGGCCCACCUGAUGCUUGAGGUGUUUUUCACGUUGCGAGAGGUCCUAAGGACAGUGAAUGAUUUUAGGAUAGAAUUGAGACUUGCGCUAGACAUAGAAUUUUAGGAUAGAGUUUCGUUAUUUCGGAGGAUGUUUUAUUCUCUUUUAGCACAGUCAUUUACUGGAUCCAUAUUUAUCCUGCUUGGUAGAAGGAAGGGCCUCGAGUUGCGUUGAAGCUGCGUGCCCCAUGGCGUUGGGCGGAUGGCGAAGUGCGCUACGACUUGCAUUGCUCGGAUGGCUUGUACUUCCAGCCAUGGGAUUGGAUUGGGUGGUGGCCAGCUUGUACAAUGGGACUGACUCAUGUGACGCCAACUUGUUAGUCGAGAAUUAUCAACUCAAUGAUCCAGUGGACAUUUGCAGCGGAUGGAGGAGGUCGUAUCAUGUCAUCAACUCGUCGUCCUUGUAUGAAGUGCUUUGGCAAGAUGAGUCUUGCACCAGCGUCUUGAAAAGUCCCAUGACAAAUCGAACGAUGGAGGGAAUAAGUUUUUCGAAGUCCAAGUACACGCUUGGAGAGUGCUCGACACUUGAUCGCGGCUCAAGGUAUGUCGGUCAGAUUUGGUCGGUGAAGUAUCAGGUGGUUUCGCUUCCCAGCAGUGCUGCCGUGGCAUCGUAUUGCAACGACUCCGACUCCGCUGACGGUCUGUUCCAGAUGGAGAUCUCGCCCCCGGAGACCUGCAUUUCAGGUCGCAGUCUUGCCGGAGGUGGUUCUGCGAAAUGGUCCGGUGGCAAUGGGAGUGAUUUGACCUACAGCAGUUGGUCCACGUCCCCUCUUUGUGAGGCAGAUCCCGAUUCGGUGCUUCGAGGGUCAGGGAAUGAGCUGAGUUAUGGAUCCAUUUGCAGCCUUAAUCGCUACAUCGACUUGACCACCCAAGCUACUGCAGUGUCUAUGCCGGCGUGCAUCCUUGAUUCGGACUGUUCAGAUAUCCCCUUUGAAACGUCCGCAUCUUUGGCUGCAGCUGCAUGGUUAGCACCGACCGUUUUGGCCCAGAGCCUUUGGUGGUUUGUCCUUAACUUCCAGGUAGACUGAUCGACGAGAGGUGCAUCGACUUCCAAUGUCCAGCAAUGACUGCGAGGGGGGGUGAUGACUGCUUUAAAUAUGAAGCCUUUGCUUGACUGCGUUUCACAGCAUCGUAAAUGUGGCUGUGGCUCAAAGCUAAGCUGCCAUCCAAAACCACUCGGUGUUUGGAUGUGUUUGGGUCUUGC